UCUGUUCAUAAAGCAGAAAGUAUGUUAAAAAUAUUUGGUAACCAACUCACAAGUGUGCAAAAAAAAAUUGUGGCAAAAGAAAUCACUGUUUCCCAAAUGUCAUCACACAUUUCCCCAACCCCUAUCCACAACGUAUGUUACAAUUGCUACCAGAGAAGUUUGUGCAGGACAAAUAGUGAUGUACAGUAUAAGCACACCCUUUAUAGGAAUCUGUUUGACAGUGUCCUAGUUUCUCGUCUGUGUUUCCAUGAGCCCUUUGUUUGUCCAGCAUAUUAUAAUGAAAAAUUCAUAUGAGUUUGUUUCUCACAACAUGAAAUAAAUUAGCUCAUGUAUCCACUUCCCUCCCCCCUCCCACCCCCCCAAAAAAAGAAUCUUAGUCAUUCCUUUUGUCCUUCAUAUUGAACAAAAACACACAUAAUGUCCUGGAGUAUUCCAUCCAGUUUACAUUUUUCUUACAUGGAAAAGACAACAUUAGUUUCUUAAAAGCACACACAAGUAUAUUUAUGUGGAGUUGUGUUGCUCAGUUCCCUCUUGUUUACUCUUCUGCUGCAAAAAAAUUGGAAAUUUGUAUACAUUUGUUAGAAGGCGUCAGCUAUAAAACAUCAUGAACACGCGUAAUCCAUUGUCAAAGACUAGUGGAGGAUGUUUUUUAAUUACAAAUGUUGGUGCAUUAUAAAGGGACUUCCACGACUGAGUGAAAUUGGAGGGGGGGAGUGUGUCCAAAACUGCAGUUCUACUUGUGUUAUUCCUUUUGGUUUUUAUUUUAGAUGUGUUUUAUAAUGGGACCUUUCCCCCUCAUAUCCUACCUCUGACAGCUUACUUUUGCCAUGAAGUCAUAGGGAUUGAAAUGUCUCUUUGGUCAAUGGGCCAGGGCCAGAGCUAGAAAAGGUUUACAUAUCUGGCUAAGCUGUUUCUAGCCCUGACAGUUCACGAGAUGUGGGACCUGACCGUAUGGAUUUCUCCUUAUUUGUUAAAGCCAUAUUUUUUGUUACAACAUAUUCAUAUUGUUAAACCUCUCAGUUGUUUCACAAACUGUAAGUACAAAUCUUUAUGCUUUCAUAAUAGAUCCCUUUCCAAGCAAAAUCUGAAAGACUUUUUGAGUCUUAGAAACUGCUGAUGUCAGUAGUAGACUGUGUCUACUGUCAGUAGGAGCUAGAAUGGCCAAAGGCAGUCAAGAAACUAGAUAUUUGGUGGGGGAGAAUCUUAAACCAAUUUUCCCUUUAUUUGGGCUAAUGUAGUGCCACUUCUUCAUAGAAAUAGGAAUUAUUCUAGAAUCAGAAGCAGUAGGAUCCUAAACUGCCAAGUUUUGUGCAAUUGUUGAGAGAUUUCACAAAUUGAAUGUUCAGGGUUUGGCAUUUUUAAAUGUUGGUAAAGGAAGUGACAGUCUUUUAAAGUUUUCUUCUGAUUAUAGUCCUGCAUUUUCAGUUCUGCCAUGACCAUAAUCCAGCAUUCAAGACCCUGACUCCAGUCAUGCAAACGUAUAGACAUGGGUUUAACGUCUCUUCCAUAAGCAGGCUCAUGGAAAUCAAUGGAAUUGCUUAUUGUAGGAGGAUGGGGAGCUGGAAGAAGGAGAGCUGGAGGACGAUGGGGGAGAGGAGCCCCAAAAUGCCUCUGAAUCGCACGAGAGGGGCCGGAAAGAGAAGGGAGAGAAGCACCACAGUGACUCGGAUGAAGAAAAAGCUCAUCGGCGGAUGAAACGCAAGAGGAGGAAAGAGAGGGAGAGGGAGAAAGAGAAAAGAAGAGCGAAAAAGAAAAGGAAAUCCAAGCACAAACGCCAUGCGUCUUCCAGUGACGACUUCUCUGACUACAGCGAUGACUCAGACUUCAGCCCCAGUGAGAAGGGGCACCGGAAGUACAGGGACUACAGCCCUCCUUACCCUCCUCCUCACCAGCAGUAUCAGUCCUCUCACAGCGCCCCCAUGCCAAAGAAGAGCUACUCCAAGAUGGAGAGCAAGAAUUACAACAUGUACGAAGAUUAUGAGAACGAGGCUUAUGGCGAAUACGAGGGGGAGGAAGAGGAAGACAUGGGGAAAGAAGAGUAUGACGACUUCGCAAAAGAGCUGAACCAGUACCGGAGAGCCAAGGAGGGCUCACACCGGGGACGAGGCAGUCGAGGACGAGGACGAGGAUACCGAGGGCGUGGAGGCAGAGGUGGAAUGCGAGGGCGAGGGAUGGGCAGAGGUGGCCGUGGGAGAGGAAGAGGCGAGCACCCAGAAGAGGAAGAGGAAAUGUACGAGGAAGAAAUGGAAUAUGGGGACAACGAAGAGCCGAUGGGGGAGGAGGACUACGACGACUAUUCCAAGGAGCUGAACCAGUACCGGAGGAGCAAAGAGGGGAGAGGGCGAGGUGGAAAUCGGGGGCGGGGGCGUGGCCCCAGAGGGAGAGGAAGCAAGGGGAUGGGCAGGGGAAGAGGACGAGGUGGGAGCCGAAGCGGAAUGGGGAAAGGUGGUGGCGCGAACGAGGACGACGAUUACUACGAUGAGGACAUGGGGGACGGAGGUGGGAAUUACCGGCGCGGCGACCAUGAUAAACCCCACCAGCAGUCGGAUAAGAAAGGAAAAGUUAUCUGCAAAUACUUUGUGGAGGGCAGGUGCACCUGGGGAGAACAUUGCAACUUCAGCCACGACAUCGAGCUACCAAAGAAACGGGAACUCUGCAAGUUUUACAUCACCGGUUACUGUGCAAGGGCUGAAAACUGCCCUUAUAUGCAUGGUGACUUUCCCUGUAAGCUGUUCCACACCACUGGGAACUGUAUCAAUGGGGAUGAGUGCAUGUUUUCUCACGAGCCGCUCACAGACGAGACCCGGGAGCUGCUGGACAAGAUGCUGGCUGAUGACGCAGAAGCAGGCGCAGAGGACGAGAAGGAGGUGGAAGAGCUAAAGAAGCAGGGCAUCAAUCCGCUACCGAAACCUCCACCCGGCGUGGGCCUGCUGCCCACCCCCCCGCGCCCCCCUGGACCGCCCGCUCCAACGUCUCCCAACGGCAGGCCGAUUCCUGGCGGCCCGCCCCCUCCUCCGCCACCCCCCCUUCCCCCACCAGGGCCACCACAGAUGCCACCUCCGCUCCAUGAGCCGCUGUCACCGCAGCAGCUGCAGCAGCAGCAGGACAUGUAUAAGAAGAUCCCCUCGCUCUUUGAGAUUGUGGUCCGGCCCACGGGGCAGCUGGCGGAGAAACUAGGAGUGCGGCACCCAGGUCCACCACCUCCCCGCUUCCCUGGGCCAGGGGGACCACCUGGGCCUAUGCCAGGACCCAUGCACCCCGACAUGCACCCAGAUAUGCACCCCGACAUGUGUCUGGACAUGCACCCGGACAUGCACCCGGACAUGCUCCCGGACAUGCCUAUGGGCCCGGGGAUGAAUCCUGGGCCUCCCAUGGGUCCUGGGCUUCCCAUGAUGCCCUACGGCCCCGACGAUUCGCCACACUCAGGGAUGCUGCCCCCCAUCCCACCUGCACAAGGCUUCUACGAGGAUUUCUACCAGCAUCAGGAGGGGCUGGACAUGGACCCUGGCCUGCCGGGCAACCCAGAGGACUACGGGAACGACGCGGAGAUGGACGAGCCUCUCGGAGAGCACCUUUUCCCCGACCAGUCCUUGGAGCCGGACUUCCUGUGUGAAGGUGGCGCACCGGGGUCACACAAACCGUCCGCCAACAUCCCUGACUUCCUGCCCUCUGCCCAGAGAGCCCUGUACCUGAGGAUCCAGCAGAAGCAGCAGGAAGAGGAGGAGAGGGCUCGGAGACUGGCCAAGAGCAGUAGGCAGGAGCGGGAGAACGAGGAAGGUGAUACAGGCAACUGGUAUUCCAGUGACGAAGAUGACGGUGGAAAUAGCGUCACGUCCAUCCUGAAAACGCUCCGGCAGCAGAGUUCCAGCAGGCCCCAUGUCCCGCCGUCCCAUGGAGAAAUGGGCGGCCCCGUCGGCCCGUCCCCCGGGGUGACUGACCCUCGCCUGCAGAAGGCCCAGCCGGCGGGGAGCAGCCGGCCCGCCGAUCCUCGUGUGCUCCGGGAUCCGAGGCUGUCUCGAAACGCUGACGCUGGUGGCCCAGCUAGCGCUGGGGAUGCAGGACCCACUGACCCGCGACUGGCCCGGCACGUUCCCGCGCCCUCCCUGAAGCCAGAGGCGCCUCAUUCCAGCACGGCUGCCAGCCAGAAGGCCAUCUUGGUGCCGGAGGAGGAGGAAGGAGAAAGGACACUGAGGGACAAACCGGUCAAUAUCCCCUUAGAGCCACUGCCAGCCCACGCCCUGCGAGACCCCCGGUCUCAGCUGCAGCAGUUCAGCCACAUAAAGAAAGACGUGAUCCUGAACAAGCCAAACUUUGCCCGCCUGGUCCUGUGGAGCCCAGAGGAUCUGAUCCCUCUGCCUGUCCCAAAGCAAGAGUUUGUUCCGGUCCCGGCGGCUCUCCAGGCCCUCCCUGCCCUAGACCCGCGACUUAACAGACCCCAAACUACGGGCCUGUCUGACCCCAGGCAGCGAGGGGCAGCAGCCCAGGCGGAGCCCGUCCCUGACUUUGAGCUGCUGUCAAGAAUAUUGAAGACUGUGAAUGCCUCUGGCAGCACAGGGCCGGGCCCGAGCGAUAAGCCGAGCGACCCUCGCAUGCGCAAAGCCCCAGCCGAUCCCAGGCUCCAGAAACCAGCAGAGCCAGCGGCGGCCAGAGCCGCCAAACCUGCGGAGCCGGCUCAGCCCACGGCUGCGCCCACGUCCACCAGCGAGACGGCUCCCGCCAUCGCUCCCUACGACCCCCGGCUGCUGACGGCGGGGGGCCUGAGCAAAGGCAGCGGCCAAAGCAGCGUGCUCAGCGGGAUUAGCCUGUACGACCCCAGGACUCCGAGUUCAGGUGGCAAAGCCACGGAGCCUCCCAGCGAGGGGAGCGCGGCGUCGAAAAGCCCGGAGGCCAGCAAGGGUGCUGGCAAGGCCAAGGAGCCUCUGUUUGUGCGCAGGUCUGCUUUGGAUCAGCCCGAGGGCGAGAAGGCGAGCGCCGAGCUUGCCACGGACAGAUACAACAGCUACAACCGGCCGCGCCCCAAGGCGGCCGCCGCCACCGCCGCCGCCACCUCCGCUCCGGCCCAAGAGACUGCCCCCCAGCCCGGGGUCCAUAACCUCCCUGUGCCCCCCGUCUAUGGCAUGGUGAAGCAGACCGCAAAGUCUGGCUCGGGCAGCCCCUUCGCAGGAAACAGCCCUGCCCAGGACAGCGAGCAGCAGGACGCCGGGUCUCUGAAAGAUGUUUUUAAGGGCUUUGACCCCACAGCUUCGCCGUUCUGCCAGUAGUAUUAAAGAACUGACCUCGCGUCCCUGUAUUAAAUAGCAGCGCAGUGUUGGUAACUUUUUUUUAUUCCAUUAGUGCUCACUCUAGCCAUAUAACGUGUACAUACAUUGUUUGGGGUCUGGUCCGUGCUGUAAGAUAUAGUCUCUGAGAUGCAUUUUAAAUGAAUAAUCAAAGUAUCCUUGUGCAGUAAUAACCAGCCUCUUGUCUGACUCCUCCAAUCGUUUGUUAGAGCUUUCUUUCCAAUGCAAUUGAAAUCAUUCUUGGAAAAUAAUGAAUUGUCCGAAAUCUCCUUGGGGAGCUGCGGCAGACCUGUCGCACCUCCCACCCCCCAAUCCGCAGUAGGCUGUGUCCGCAGCCGGACGUCUCCCCUUUACUCCAUUCAGGCUGGGUGGCAGAGAAAUGAGGUUCAGACGUGUUGCUUAGCCGAUGAAAGCUGUGAGCCAUGCGGAUUAGGAGAAUUUGUGUUUACUUCUCAAAUGUAACUAACUAAAGUAUUUGUAUCAUAGUCUUUUUUAAAAAUUCCUUUAGUACAGUGAACAGAAUUACCAUGGAAACAUAACUAUGUGGGAAUAUUUUUGUAAUUGUGGGGGCUUGUUUACUUUGGUGUUAAGUAAAUAUUUUAUGCCAUUUCCUGGAGGUUGUUUCGUUGUAAGACCUAGCUGGGCUGUAACAGGACUUGGAUUCUCAAGAUCUCCCAAGGAUGGCUGUGGAAUAUUUGCAUCCCAAAAAAUUGUGCAGUCUACCAAAAAAAAAAAAGGUUGUAUUAUUGAAAUUAAAUUAUUAAUCUCAAUCAGAUUUUGCUUGUAUGUAUUUUGCGGACGGAGGGUUUUUCCAUAAACACAAACCCGUAUUCUGUGAUUUUCUGCAUCAUCGCCCCGGGGUAAAACUCCAUCUCCAUCCAGCUGGGACGGGAAUUCUGCCUGCCGUGUGUUUCCAGAUGCAGUUUUGUGGUAUAGUGCCAAAGCAAAGCUGUUCUUCAGCAAAGCGAUGUUAGCUGCAGAAUACUGGUUUCGGAGUCGCUCAGAUGAACUGUGCUUUCAGGGCGUGCAGGGAAAAGCAGGCCCGGGGGAAGGAACCUGAGUGGUGGAUAAUCGAGAGUAUCCUAAUAGGAACGGGAUACUGUAGAGUCGGUGGUUGUGAAUGUGGAUGGCGAGGGAAGGACGACCCGGGGUGACUCCUUUCUAUGGCUCGGGUCUUGCUACAAGCUGAUGUGGAGGAGGAAGGGGGUGUAAGCAUCAGGUUUAUAAACCUUCCGACAGAUGAGACAAGGUCUCACAUUUUCCCGACCGUCUCUCAGCCCCUCACUCGUCUCAAGGGUGCGUUGCUAGAUCCUUGCGGGGCUGUUGUCACAGGCCCAGAUUGUUUUAGAUCUGGAAUGCACUGUGCACCGACCGGAAAGGCAAAAAUCCUUUUGCCUUAGAUGAUGAAAAUGUCGUCAUAUCAUUUUCUCCUUCCCGUUUUCUGGGCAGUCUCUGGUUACUCAGAAUCAAGGUGCGUCCUGCCCUAGUUCUUGGUAUUUCACUCACGGUAUCACUGUGGAACAAAGUGGAUUCCUCCGUUUGUCACAUGCAUGUGGCUAGUUUCUCCCACUCACGGGUAUUUGGCUGACGAAG